AUGGAGAAGAGCGCCAGCAACGGGGUGGCGACGGCUGUCCCGGCCUCGUGGAACUUCACGCCGAACGAGACCCUCCUGGGCCUGACGGCGCUCUCGAUGCGCGCCGUGCUGGCCAGGGUCAAGGCCGGGAUGGUAGAGGCCGACGGCGGCGGCGGGCGGCCCGUGGUCCCGAUGGGCCACGGCGACCCGUCGGCGUUCCCGUGCUUCCGGACGGCGACGGAGGCCGUGGACGCCGUCGCCGGCGCGCUCCAGUCCGGGGAGUCCAUUGCUCAGUACUUAUCCCAUGAUUUGCCAUAUGCAUUGUCACCUGACGAUGUCUACCUCACAAGUGGCUGUGCUCAAGCAAUUAAGAUAAUCUGCUCUGUCUUAGCUCGUCCCGGUGCCAACAUCUUGGUUCCAAGGCCUGGCUAUUUGUUCUAUGAGGCACGCGCUGUUUUCAAUGGCAUGGAAGCACGGUACUUCGAUCUUCUACCUGAGAAAGACUGGGAGGUUGACAUUGAUGGCGUCCAAGCCCUUGCUGACAAGAAUACUGUUGCUAUGGUCAUUGUCAACCCAGGAAACCCAUGUGGCAAUGUUUACACCUAUGAGCACCUGGCCAAGGUUGCUGACACUGCUCGGAAGCUUGGCAUAUUUGUCAUAGCAGAUGAGGUUUACGCACACUUGACAUUUGGAGAGAGGAAAUUUGUGCCGAUGGGUGUGUUUGGGGCUGUGGCUCCAGUGUUCACACUAGGGUCCAUAUCAAAGAAAUGGGUGGUGCCUGGAUGGCGGCUUGGAUGGAUAGUUACCAAUGAUCCUAAUGGUGUAUUUCAGAUGACUAAGGUAGUGGGCAGCAUCAAGAGCUACCUUGAUAUCUCGUCUGAUCCUCCAACAUUUGUCCAGGUUAAACUGGAUGUAUCUUGCCUGUCAGACAUCAAAGAUGACAUGGACUUCUGCUGCCGGUUGGUAAAGGAAGAAUUAGUGGUUGUUCUGCCAGGAUGUGCUGUGGGAUACAAGGAUUGGCUUCGGAUCACCUUUGCAAUUGAUCCGUCUUCCCUCAAAGACGGGCUUCACAGGCUCAAGUCCUUCUGCUUGCGAUACAAGAAGCCGACAAAGUGA